AUGAUCUCCGAAGUCGCAAAAGAUCUUCAACUUCUCGUCUUCGCCCAUUACAAGAUCGUUUUGAUCGGGACUAUAAUUUUGCUGUUGUCCACGCGGCUCAUCUACAAUAAAUACGGGCACGGCGUCAACCACAUUCCCGGACCUACUCUAGCUUCUUUCACCGAUCUCUGGAGACUUCUCAUUACAUGGUCCUGGCGACCGGAGAAUGAACAUAUUCGUCUUCAUCGGAAGCAUGGAAAACUUGUUCGAUUAGGUCCAAAGACGAUAUCUGUCUCUGACCCCAGAGCAAUCCAGACGAUAUAUGCGCUAAAUUCCGGUUAUAUCAAGUCCAGUUUCUACUCGGUGCAACAGACCGUAGCGAAAGGUAGAAGGCUGCUCACUUUAUUUACAUCUCAAGACGAAAAGUUUCACGCGAAGCUCCGCCGGGCCGUGAACAACGCGUAUGCGAUGAGCACGUUGGUACAAUUCGAGCCUCUUGUUGACUCGACAACAACUGCAUUCCUGGACCAGAUCCAAAACCGGUUUGCCGAUCGGUAUGACAGCGUCUGCGAUUUCGAUAUCUGGCUUCAGUACUACGCGUUCGACGUGAUAGGUGAACUCACAUACUCGAAGAGGCUAGGUUUCGUUGACAAUGGAGUUGAUGUGGAUGGUAUUAUAGGGAAUCUGGAGAAGCUGCUCAACUACGCAGCAGUCGUCGGGCAAAUUCCCUUCCUGGACGAACUCCUCCUCAAAAAUCCUCUGCGUAUUCUUGCUAGUCGUUGGGGACUGAUCAGUUCCGAUACACCUGUUGUCGUCUUUGCCAGACAGCGCAUAUCAGGCCGCGUUGAUCCCGAAACUUUUAAAGAGAAGCCGCAGGAUUGGUCCGGAUCAUCCUCAAUCAGGAGGGAUUUUCUUUCUCGAUUCCUGGAAGCCCAUGAUCGGGAACCGACCUUCAUAACCAAGGAUCGAGUGCUCGCAUUGACAGUGGCCAACAUGUUUGCAGGAUCUGACACCACUGCGAUCUCACUACGAGCUAUCUUUUAUAAUCUUCUGAAGAAUCCGGAGGAUCUGAAACGUCUCCUUGAUGAGCUGCAAGAACAACAACGUAAUGGAAAAUUCAAACGGACCGAUGGUAUCGUUGAGUGGGAGGCCGUUAGAGAACUUCCUUUCCUUAGUGCCGUCAUCAAAGAAGGACUCCGCAUACACCCAGCAGCAGGCCUCCCACUUGAACGAAUCGUGCCUCCUGGCGGAGUCACUAUCUGUGACACCUUCAUCCCGGGUGGGUCUAUUGUCGGUUGCAGUGCUUGGACCGUCCACCUAGACGAGUCCAUCUUCGGAUCCAAACCAGAGCAAUUCCGUCCACAAAGGUGGCUUGAUGCAUCUCCAGCACAGCGAAGGGAGAUGGAGAAUUUCCUCUUCACCUUUGGUGCUGGCUCCCGAACCUGCAUUGGCAAGAAUAUCAGUUAUUUGGAGAUGUAUAAACUCGUCCCUGCGGUCUUGAUGAGAUUCGAGGUCGAAUUGGCUGCCCCAGACGAAGAAUGGAAACUGCACAAUGCAUGGUUUGUGAAGCAGAGCAAUUUCAGGGUGCGAUUCAGAACAAGGCGUUGA